UCUGUGGGAAGGAAUUGCAGUGUUACAGCAUGUAUCCUUUCUGCUCUGCAAAAACUUCUCCUGUGUGAGCUGCGUCAUGUUCCACUGCUGUGAUCAGACAGCGCUACUAAAAUAUUUCAUGAAAUAUGGCUUGAGCAGGUGCUUGAGCUCAAAGAGUGAGCUGGUGAAUACUUCUGCUUCCCUCCCCAAGUCAGGCUUCUUUGCAAAUAUCUGGUAGAGGGGGUUGCUGCUGUGAUUGCGCUGCCAUGGCUUGUGUGGCUUCUUCCCUCCUACCAGUACUGUGAAAGAUAAGGUCUUCCUUGCUUGGUUUGUUUAGUGAUUACUGGAUUGAUGAAAUGUUCAACAUGCUUAAUUUUUCCCUUCCUAAAUAAGAGAAGAGGUUUCAAACAAGAGAUUAAACUAUUUACUUGACACUUUGGCUAUAAAUGCUUACAGAAGUGUUUUUUACUGUUAGUUUGAAAAUCUGACACUACUUUAAACUCCUAAAGAUGCAUCCAAAAACAUCUGUGGGUUCCUGUGUAUGUUAAAGGUAGUGGCAGCUGCUGUCUUGGAAGUGAGAUCUUCAUUCCUCUAUUAAUGAGAUUAAAUUGGAUACUUAAGGGAGUUUUCUGACAAAAUAAUAACUUCCAUGAUGUAAUGGGUGGGAUCAGUGGAACAACUUAUUUUAGUUAGCUAUUUGUUGUAGUGUCAGAGGCCGGUUUACAUGGGUUGGCUUGUGCAUCUCUGAGCAAGUAAAUGAUAGCAGUUCUUGUGUUCAAUAAUGUAUGACUGAGGCAUCUCCAGCAAAAAGAAAAUGUGUGGUUCUACAGAUAAACCCUCCUGUCUAACUGUGGAUUAACUCCUGCAGGAGUCUGCUGCUCUCUAGGAGUCUGUUGCUGAGAAAGGAAUGAGCAAUAUCUGUAUCUGCUGACGUGAUCUUGCUUGGAUGCUGUGGGGACUGCCUGCAGUUGAGGGCAAUCCUCUCCCUCCAAGCUGAAAUGUGCCUGAAAAAUUCAGUCUGUUUUAAAUACAGUUGUAUUGUGCUGCCUUGCACUCACAAGGGAGGUUGUCCUCUGCUGGAAGGUGUCCUUAGUUAUGAGAAGGUGGCAGGAACACUGACUGACAGCUGGUGAACCUGCUGCUCCUUCAGUGUCAUGUUACAACAAAACUCAUGAAGUGCAACUUUGUUCACGUGCCUUUUUAGUGGGGUGACACAAGUGGAAUAUUUUCGUGGCUUCCAGUGAAGCGUGGUGUAACUCUGACUGAAACAAUGCACAUGUUUGUAUGUCUAAGUGCAUGCGACCUUAAGUUUUCACACUGAAGCAAGUGUGGAGCCUAUUUGAGCUGUCUGAAGUAACUGCCUUGAUUCCUCCAGGUGGAAAUACAGCCUCUGAGAGAGCAAGCUGAAGUUGGAUCUGUCUCACAGGGCUGUAACCUCCAAGGUUAAUUACCUUUAAGCUCACUCCAGUCCUGGAUUCUCUGGCAGCUGGAAAGUUAAGACUUGAUUAAUCAGCCACUCGAUGGGGAUUAACAGUGGAGCACCUCUUUGUGUCGCCUUUCCACCUCUGUGUAGCACGAAUAACAACUUCAGCACUUCUUCAAUAAUAAUUAUGAAACUGGUAUUAACUGAAUGGCAAUUAUGGAUUUUUAACUCUAACUCACAGUAAACCAGCAAGCCAUAUGUUGAAAUUCCUACCAAAUAGCUUUUCAUUCUUAAUGUCUCAUAUGUAUACAAGAAGUUGCAAGAUUACCUGUUUGUACAAGAGGAAUAAAAGCAUUGCUUGCCUGAGGAACAGAAGCUGAAAGAGAAGACGCCCUAACUUGUUUGUGGAGUUAUGGUAGUAUUAUUUAUAGAGCUAUAACAAAUAUAUAUAUAUUUUUAUGGUAAUGAAAAUGGCUCCUCAGAAUGCUGACUCGGAAUCUAUGCAAGUUCAAGAUUUACCUGUGGCACAGCUUCAGAAACCAGAAAACAAGGAGAAUGAAAGUAGGGAGGAGACCAUUAGUGAAGGAUCCAUAGACCGGAUACCGAUACGCCUGUGGGUGAUGCAUGGUGCAGUAAUGUUUGGCAGAGAAUUUUGUUAUGCCAUGGAGACAGCUUUGGUAACACCUGUAUUGUUACAAAUUGGUCUUCCUGAACAGUACUACAGCCUCACUUGGUUCCUCAGCCCUAUCCUGGGCUUGAUCUUCACUCCACUCAUAGGUUCAGCCAGUGACCGCUGCACGCUGAGCUGGGGCCGCCGGCGGCCUUUUAUCCUUGCUCUCUGCAUUGGUGUCCUCUUUGGAGUUGCACUUUUCCUUAAUGGCUCUGUGAUAGGUCUGGCUAUUGGUGAUGUCCCGGGCAAGCAGCCCAUUGGAAUAGUUCUCACAGUGCUUGGGGUUGUGGUGUUGGACUUCUGCGCCGAUGCAACUGAAGGGCCAAUUCGGGCCUACUUGUUGGAUGUGGUGGAUAGUGAAGAGCAAGACAUGGCCCUGAACAUCCAUGCAUUUUCAGCUGGUCUUGGAGGAGCGAUUGGUUAUAUGUUAGGAGGGCUGGACUGGACACAGACCUUCUUGGGUAGCAUUUUUAAAUCUCAAGAGCAAGUCCUUUUUUUCUUUGCAGCCAUUAUUUUCUCUGUCUCCGUUGCUCUCCACCUUUUUAGCAUUGAAGAAGAGCAAUAUAACCCUCAGCAGGACAGGAUUGAUGAUGAAGGAGACACACUUUCCAGUGCCAAAUUCAGUGGCAGUCUCCCUCCUUUGAAUCGGCUGAAUGUAAUUGGUGAAGAAGAGCCAUAUGGAACUUCCAUGUUCCAUGAUGAGGUUCAGUCAGAGCAUGACCUCAAUAUGGAGUUCCUUGAGGUGAACAUUGUGAGAAGCAAGAGUGACUCAGUUCUGCACAUGCCCGACGCCACGCUGGAAAUUGAAUCGGAGCUGCUUUUCCUGCAUGAUAUCGAACCCUCCAUUUUUCAGGAUGCUUCAUAUCCAAACACUCCUCACAACACGAGUCAGGAGAUCAUGAAGUCCAAACUCAACCACCUGUCUGCUUUCCUCAGGGAGAAUGAGAAGGAGGAGGAAAUGUUGCUUGAUAAUCGUUUAAAUGAAGAUAAAGUCCCAAACAUCAACGGCUCCCUACCAAAAGAGUUCCUCAACGGACACGCCAGAAUAGGCAUGAAGCAAUCCAGCACUUCCAACUCCAUGCGGCGGCGGAGGCACAUGUUCUACCGGCAGCCGUCCUACACCUUCUCGUACUACGGCAAGAUCGGCUCCCACCGGUACCGCUUCCGCCGGGCCAACGCCAUCGUCCUGAUCAAGUCCUCGCGCAGCAUGAACGACAUCUACGACAUGCAGAAGCGGCAGCGACAGCGCUGCCGGCACCGCAACCAGAGCGGCACGACCAACUCCAGCGGGGACACGGAGAGCGAAGAGGGCGAGACCGAAACCACUGUCAGACUCUUGUGGUUGUCGAUGCUGAAGAUGCCCAAGGAACUGCUGAGGCUGUGCGUCUGCCACCUCCUGACUUGGUUUUCCAUCAUUGCUGAAGCUGUGUUCUAUACGGAUUUCAUGGGACAGGUCAUCUUCCAGGGUGAUCCAGAGGCCCCUUCGAACUCAACUGAGCUGCAUGCCUACAAUGCUGGAGUUCAGAUGGGAUGCUGGGGGCUGGUGAUUUAUGCUGCUACUGCUGCCGUUUGUUCAGCCUUGUUGCAGAAAUACUUGGACAACUACGACCUUAGCAUAAAAGUGAUCUACAUCCUGGGCACGCUGGGUUUUUCCCUUGGCACUGCAGUGAUGGCCAUGUUCCCCAACGUGUACGUCACCAUGAUAAUGAUCAGCACGAUGGGAAUAGUCUCCAUGAGCAUCUCCUACUGCCCCUAUGCGCUUUUGGGACAAUACCAUGAGAUAAAACAGUACAUUCACCACAGCCCUGGAAACUCGAAGCGAGGGUUCGGCAUCGACUGCGCCAUCCUGUCGUGUCAGGUUUACAUCUCCCAGAUCCUGGUGGCCUCCGCGCUCGGCGGCGUGGUGGACGUGGUCGGCACGGUCAGAGUCAUCCCCAUGGUGGCUUCGGUGGGAUCUUUCCUGGGUUUUUUGACAGCGACUUUCUUGGUGAUUUACCCUGAAGUCAACGAAGAGCCAAAGGAAGAGCAGAAGCGGCUGGGUCCUCCAGAGACAGCUGAGGGCAGUGGCGCGGGCGCGGAGAAGCCGACAGUGCUGAAGCUGACGCGCAAAGGAGCCGUCACAGCGGAGCCAGAGGGCGAGUCAGCCGUGUGAGGCUGCCAGCGCUUGUUCACCCACAUUCCAAGGAGUGCAGGUGCAGGAUCAAGAACUUUUGUUGUGGUUUUCUUUCUUUUUUUCCAGGAAAGCAAAUUAGGACUUUCACUACUUGUAGCUAAAAUUUGCGGAAGAAAAGGCAUUUUCGUGCAAAAAUGUAAAUUAAAUUCGGUAGUCCUUCCUCUAGGUUUGAGCAGGUUGCUCUGAUGCUAAUUGCUUUCUCUGCAACUUAGAAAUGUCAUUUCUGAACACUUUUUUUAUUAAGAAUACAUUUAGAUUUCAAAUAAGUUUUAUUAAUCUGCAUGAGACUCACAGUGUAUACAAUUAGCAGUUAGAAAAAUUAAGUUUUCAGCUGUUUUUAAACUAACAGAAAACGGAAGCUAUCUUGAUCUAUAGUCUCUUGCCAUUUUUUUGUCUGAACAUUUCAGAUUUCACUAGCAUAAUAACUGAAUCAAAUGCUUAGACAUCAAUUGAUAUUUUUUCACAAGCAUGAUAAUUACUGGUCUGACAGCUACAUUAAUUUUAGACUUCAUGUUUUUGUUAGUGCAAUUACUGCAGAAUCCUUUUAUUUGCAAUUAUUUUCAAG